CGGCCGCGCGCGCGCGUAUACUUAUCGGCCGCGCGAGAAGGCAGGUCGAUUCAUAAGCGAAGUGACUCUCGGGGUCAAUCCGAAAUGAGCGACCGACCCGCCUUAAAUCAACAGUGUCUGCCGCCCCACGAUGUCUCGCCACUGAAGCUGCCCCUCAAGAUGCGCUGCUUUCCUUUCUUCCUGCUACUUCCUAUUCUACUACUGGUCAUCACCAGGACUUAAAAGUGCAUGGGAACUCGUGGGCAGGCUCGAACCAAAAUGCGAAUCACUCCUUUUAAAUGCGGAAGAGAACUUUUGCUUCUGGUGCUCUCACUAUUUGCAAUAUCUACCUUCUUAUCAAUGGAACCUAACAACAUUUUAAUCGGACGAGCACCCCUUCAAUUUGGUUUUCUGACGACGUUUAAUUUGACAUCAGUGUUGAGCAACUCGGCACUUUUCAGGAGGAAUUUCGGAAAGCAAGUAAUAUUCUUGUUGGAAACAUCACAAAAGGGAGUUUUGAAUUUGCGGCAAGUUUGCACACUGGAGUCGGCAGCAGGCCUCAAUCCUGAGGUCUCCAUUAUUCUGGUUUUCUCCGACUUGGAGCAAAUCAGUUCCAAAGACAAUCCCGCAAUGAUGGAGUUGCUUGAAAAUUCCCCAAAUGUUAAAAUUGCAACGCUUAGUAGUUCAGAGGCAUUUAAAGGAACUCCUUUUGAAGGAAUCGAUUAUAGAAUGCUGAAAAAUUCAAGUGAUUUUAAAGUGCACAGUAGCGACUUGCUACGACUCAGUUUGUUGUGGAAAUUUGGUGGCAUGUAUAUGGAUUUGGACUACAUUACGCUGAGGAGUCUGUCACUUCUUCUCCGGCUGAAGAAUUUUCUGACCGCUGACGCAGAAUACAACAUCAACAACAGUAUGCUUGGAUUUGAGAGACACAAUCCGUUUUUGUGGAAAAUCUUGGAGCAUCUGCAGAAAAAUUUUAACCCUGAAAUUUACACCACAGCGGUCGCGUCGAUCAACGCAGCAGUGAGGGAAACUUUCAAAAUAGACAUUCAAGAGGCUAUAAGACGCGUGGAAAUUGAUAAGCAGCUCUACGUCUUGAAUUAUUUGGUCACAAGCCCAGUUAAAUACGUAGAUUGCUUUCAAGUGUACGCAGGCGCUUGUAGUCCUAGGGGGACGGAGGGUAACGGCGCCUCCAUUAAGGAAUUUUUGAGGUGACGCGCCUCCAUUAAGAAACAGUCCAUGGUGACGGAGGGAGACGGUCAUUUUUUAAUUUCAUACAUUCAAAUUGUUGAAUUGAUCACAAAAUUCGUAAAGAACAUAAUUAUUUUCUGUUGCGUGGCUGCG